AUGUCUGACAACCCUGAUAUGGCUGAGAUUGAGAAAUUUGAUAAGUCAAAGUUGAAGAAGAUAGAAAUGCAAAAGAAAAACCUGCUGUCUUCUAAAGAAACCAUUGAAUAG